UCCCUCCUUUAUCAACGCAAUUACAUAAUGCCACGUAUCAUCCAAGAUUAGAUGCCUGGAUCCCAGACCUUUCCCAGUAAAAAAGGAAUCUAUUAGAUGUUGGAGCCUGUUGGUCCUUCUGCUUUAUUUCCAUCGCUAAAAUUCUGGAAUCUUCGGAAGAGGUCUCUUUUUUCUUUUACCUAGCUAGUUCAACUAUAGCAAGAAGGCAGGCCCCAAACUCCUCUUUCAACAGUCCACACAGUUCAAAGUCGAAAAUUGCUUUCAAGAAGGUGCAGAGUCAAUUAACAUUGGAGAUUACAUAGAGUGCGUGAAGAGCCCCUUUUUCUCCUUCUUUAUAUCUAUGUCCCUCUGCUCUAGAUAAUCUUCCUUCACUGAGGUUAUCCCUGGAAAGUUUCUUAUCGGCUAAGGUGUUAGGGGAGUUUUAGGUUCAGCUUGUCCAUGACCCAGGUGAUUAAUAAUUGGAAAUUGUUUGAUAGAGUAAGAGACUUUUCCAAUUUCUUCCCCUCGACAUGAUCAAUGAUUGUAGUUUAGAAGGCAAUGGUUGCCCAACCUGAAGUAAAUGGAAACCAAUGGUAGCAAUCGUUGUUCCCAUGAAAAUCAGCCUCCAACGGGUUCAAACAAUGCUAACAAAGAUCAAUCCACUGAGAAGGAGGUUUUUGUUAACCAUGCUGAAAUAAGUUGGCAUGAGAUUAGAAGACAGUGGGUUGGGGAUCAGUCUCAAAAAUCAAAAAGAAUGCCCCGGGAACCAAUAAUGAGCUGGACCACAACUUAUGAGGAUUUGCUUUGUUCUACUGAACCUUUUCAACAGUCAAUCCCAUUAGCUGAGAUGGUGGAUUUUUUAGUUGACAUCUGGCAUGAAGAAGGCCUAUAUGACUAGAAAAUUGGGAAAUUUG